AUUCUAUAUAAAUUACCAUUCGAAUUUCGUGGUACUCAUUUUGUGCAAUUUGACCCUGUGCCGAAGACCAUGUAAGAAUUCUCAGUGAUAAAACAAUCAUGGAAGAUAUCGGAAUUUACACCUUUCUCCGAAUGAGCGUCAUCCUCUCUACUAUAGCAACCGGGAUAGCAAUGCCGGACUAUAGUGGAUCAGUGAUUGUGACGUCAGUGUUGGAGCCGCCAUUUCUCAUGAGACGCCAGCAAAGUGAUGAUAACAGAUCUGACAAUAUACCAGGUGACAAAGACAAUAAUGCACAAUACGAGGGAUUUAUAGUAGAUUUGAUAAAUGCAAUUGGACGCAUAACACAAACUCGCUUUGUUAUAAGAGAGGCCGAGGACAGAAGGCACGGAGCGCGAGAUGACGAAGGGCGUUGGAGCGGGAUGAUCGGUGAGGUCCUUGGGGACAGUGGCGUGAUUCAGGAGGUUCUACGUGGAAAAGCAGAUAUGGCUGCAGGGCCACUUCUAAUUACAAAAUACAGAAAAAUGGACGUCGACUUUUCCAUGCCUUUCAUGAGGUUUGGAUACAGCAUAGUCUUCAAGGAUUCCCCACAGUUCAAGAACAUCAUUUCUCUCGAAGGCCUGCUUAACAUGACAAAGGCUGGUGUGACUGACGAUGUCAAUAAUACGAUUCGUGACAUUGUAUUCAACUAUUUGCAUCACGACACGAUUGUUGGAGGUCUCAUGGAGCACAUGUACAAGAACGAAAAACAAAACGUGCUCAAACAACUUUGGGCAUAUAUGAGCCGCGAGCAAGUAUUAAAACCGAGUAAAAUCUUGGUUGAUGAUAUCAACGUUGCCCUGAAAAGGAUAAGGGAUGACGGUGUUAUUAUGAUCAUGGAAACACCUUCCGCUGAAUACAUAACCGAAAGUCUGCCGUGUGAUUUAAGAUCCAUUAGAAUUACUGAUGUUGGUACCAACUGGACUGAAUAUGCUUAUGGCUUUGCAACCGAGCCGUCUUCUCCGCUACAGAUGGAUCUGAACCAGGCGUUAUCGAUGCUGGAGUUCAGUGGAGAACUACAACUUCUGAGAGAACGCUGGUGGCAAACACCUUGUCUCGACAUCACAAUAAAUUUUGCAGCAUCAAUUGAGAAUGGUGCAAUAUUUUUCAAUAAAUUGAUACUUCUAAAAACUUUGUUUAUAUGCAUUUUAGUGACGUAUAUCACAUAGGAGUGACUGUUAACAAUAGAAUUUAUAAGACAAAUGUUUAUAUGUAUAUAUUUGGUCUAAUUGUACAUACUUUAGAGAUAUAUUUUUGAGAAACAUUAAUUUAUUGUAAAAACAAUACUAUGUUCACAAUUGAAGGAUCCAAAUGUGUUAACCAUUUUUGCCACAUUCAAAUGCAAACAUGUAUGCAAUAUGCAUACACAAUUCGUGACCAAUCAGAGCUCAGUAAAACCAUAUGUUAUCAGUUUAAUGCACGGCUGACUCUUGAACGAUUACUAAAAAUAAUUUGUCAAUUUUUUUAGCGCACUGGAAAAAUGAUAACAUGGUUGAGUUGACAUGCUUAAUCUGUUAGUGUUAGAAUAACAGGGAAAAUGUGCUAGUAUUUUUGUUUUUGUGUCGUAUAUUUUUGUAUAACAUAUUUUCAUCUUUGCCAUCAUAAUAACAUUUUAGCUUUUAAUCUGUUAUUUAGUAGUCAAUAUUUUAUAACUUUCUCAUGAUUGCGAUUUCAUCCUUGGCACAUGAUAUACGAGUUGACUUUUUCCUUGUUUAUGCAUAUUUUGCUAUGCGUGGAAAGGAUUACACCAAAUGAGCCCGUCACGAAUAAGAUAGAGCAUAUUGCACUUGACUUCGUCUCGUGUUAAACUGCAUACUGUGUAUCUUGUGCAUUAUUUGACUUAUAAUUGAAGGACUCGUAUGGGUUAAUCCGUCAUAAUUCUUUCAUAUUUGGAUCCUUUAAUUGUUUUCAGGGUCAUAUUUAUUUGAAUACGACAGUUAGGCCUAGAGAAUUAAUUUUCUGUUUUACGUUUAGGUGAUGCAAUAACUACGCAUUCUCACAUUUUCUUUUGUAAAUAAGUCAAACUACAAACAGAAAUUUAAUUCGAAAAGACUAACAUAUAAGAAUGAGAGUUGACGAAUGACUAGUGAAAGGGUAUUGUGCUUCAAAUUGUAUGCGUGCACGAUAAUUCAGUUAAACGCAUUUUAUUAUUAGUUGUAAUAGAUAAACCAUUGACUGUAUCGCGGAAAUAUCUGCAUUGACAAUAAAUCAAUUACAAAUUAAACAUGUAUCUUAUUAAGUGAAGUAUAUCAGCAUUAUCGCAUAAGCAAUUUCCGUUUUCAAGGUGCCUUAUUUCCCAGAUAAGUAAAAUGGAAUUACUUCCGAUACUUAAACUUUUGAAGGAGAGCGAACCACCAUAAUUACAUCAUAUCAUUAGAUGAUGUCUUACUAAGAUUCAAAAUGUUACAACUUUAAUUUAAGCAGGUUAUCCCACAUCCUAAAAUGUAUUUUUAAAUAACAGUAGGGACAAAUUCUAUUGAGUCCAUUCAAUGUAGUUGUUACUAUGUUUAUAUUUUAUAUAGGGGUUUGCCU